GAAAUAACUUGAAAUACCUGAAUGAGAUGCUUAACGGCUCACGCCAAUGCAUACAUAAUCAAGAAUCGUCGCAUCGUAUCUCUCUCUCGUUGCGAACAAUAAACAGCAGCACAGCCACAGUGUGCCGCUAUCUCCGCUUCUCUCCCGUCGCCGUUAAACACUCCGGACUCAGCCGCCAACAAUGUCUCUCUACGUUUCUCACCAUUUCACCCUCAAAUUCCGCGGACUCAAUCAAUCCAAGAUAUAUUCACCAGCAGGUAGUUUGAGAAUGAAUAACUGCAGAGUUUUCGCGACAGUGUCGGUUGGAGAGGACGUGUCGAAUUACAUACCGGCAGCUCCUAUUUUGUUGCCUGAAGGGCCAUGGCAUCAGAUACCGGGUGGAGUUACAGCAGCAAAGGGUUUCAAAGCUGCUGGGAUAUACGGUGGAUUACGUGCAGUUGGAGAGAAGCCUGAUCUUGCACUGGUCACUUGCGAUGUAGAUGCUGUAUCUGCAGGCACAUUUACAACUAAUGUUGUUGCUGCUGCGCCAGUACUAUACUGCAAAGACGCACUAGAAAAGUCUGAAACCGGCCGUGCGGUACUGAUAAAUGCUGGUCAAGCGAAUGCAGCAACGGGUGAUGCUGGUUAUCAGGAUGUACUAGACUGUUCCCAUGCCCUUGCUGAGUUACUGCAACUGAAGCCCGACCAAGUUUUGAUUGAAUCCACUGGUGUGAUUGGUAAACGUAUCAAGAAGGAGGCACUUCUCAAGUCACUUCCAGAUUUAGUAAAUCGUCUGUCGUCGACUAUUCAAGGUGCAGAUUCUGCUGCUGUAGCAAUAACUACCACAGAUCUUGUGAGCAAAAGUGUUGCAAUAGAAUCAAAGGUUGGAGGAAAACAAGUAAAGAUUGGUGGUAUGGCAAAAGGUUCUGGGAUGAUUCAUCCUAACAUGGCCACAAUGCUUGGGGUUGUAACAACCGAUGCCUCAGUUUCAAGUGAAGUGUGGCGAAAAAUGGUACGAGUUGCUGUCGGCCGUAGUUUCAAUCAAAUUACUGUAGAUGGAGAUACCAGUACUAACGAUUGUGUCAUUGCUUUGGCUAGUGGCCUUUCAAGAGCAAAUAAAAUAUCUUCUCUUGAUGAUUCUGAUGCACAACAUUUGCAAGCCUGUCUUGAUGUUGUAAUGCAAGGUCUUGCUAAGUCAAUAGCCUGGGAUGGAGAAGGAGCAACGUGUUUGAUUGAGGUACAAGUAUCAGGAGCAUGUACAGAAGCCGACGCGGCAAAAGUUGCACGAUCUGUGGCUUCUUCUUCAUUAACCAAGGCUGCAGUAUAUGGCAGGGAUCCAAAUUGGGGGCGCAUAGCUUGUGCUGCUGGUUAUGCUGGAAUCCCUUUUGAUCAAAAUAACCUUCGAAUAUCACUUGGUGAUACUAAAUUGAUGGAGAAAGGCCAGCCACUGUCAUUUGAUAGGGCUGUUGCUAGUAAUUACCUUCGAGAGGCGGGAGAAAGACACGGGACUGUCAUAAUUCAGAUAUCUAUUGGCGAUGGUCCGGGUGCUGGACAAGCAUGGGGCUGCGAUCUCAGCUAUGAUUACGUGAAGAUAAACGCAGAGUACACAACUUGAGCAGAUAUAUUUUGCGGCUAUAAUUAUGGAACAAUCUUUCACUCAUCAGUUAUUCAACUGUAAGAUUGGUCUCCACUCUCUACACAAUCACUUUUCGGGCUCCAGCACUCUGCAACAGUUGGUCGAUGGAUCAUAUUGUAAUCUGGUAUUUUUAGCCUGUUGAUUUUAGACAAUAAUUAUGUCCUAAGUCGUGUAUUAUGGUCUUAAUCAGCAAUCUCGGAACAAGCAAAUUGUAUAAACAAGUAUUUGAAUUGUAUGUUAGUUUGUUUACUAAA